UGGAAAGUUCUUGGAAAUCGGUCUUUUGUGUAUAGCUGUGGGUUUAAUGGGGAUUUGGUUAUUCAAAACACAUACCGAAGGAAGGGGAUUCAACGCCGCGGAAAAGACUGUCAUUGCGAUUUGUACUAAACACAAGACAAGCGUGGUUUGGUGACUUUCUGCAUGGUAUUUUAAAUCUUAACAUUACCAGCAGCAAGCGAGUCGUGCGGAGUCGACUUGCCUCGUUCGCUGUCAUCGCCUGUUUUGCACCACGGGUUGGAAAAUAUUCUUAGUUUGCCAUCUCGCCAAAAAUGACAACCGAUUGAUUAGCCCGCCAGAAGAUAAAUAUUACCACAUGGAAAACGAACUAUGGAGAAGUGUGUAUUUCAAUGGUCAUUGGUUGAGUCGUUUGGGGCUGGAUCCACUCGCAAAUAGGACGAUUCAUUCGUAAAAUUCGAGAAGAAACCUGCAGAAGAAACUUGUUUUGCGACUGUGGGGCAACUGCCUGUCUUUUGGGGAAUAUUUUUGCAUUAGUCGGAUGUCUUUUGGCCUACGGCUGGGCAAUUUCGGGUGGUUCCCCAAUGACCUGCCACUCACCCGAAUCCACCGAGACCAUCGAAAAUGAGAGAAGAACGGAUACCGAGUCGCGAGUUGUUGACUCCGAUGAGACUCGCAUCGGUCAAGCCAUGAAAGACCUUAAAAAUACAGGCUGGUACUGGGGCAGCCUGACCGCCAACGAAGCCAAAGAGAUUCUCCAGGAUGCAUCAGAGGGCACCUUCCUGGUGCGAGACAGCUCCCAGAGGGACUACCUGUUCACCAUCUCUGCCAUGACCUCCGCCGGCCCAACCAACUUGCGCAUCGAGUACAAGGAGGGGAAGUUUAAACUGGACUCGGUGGUGCUGAUCAAGCCCAAGCUCAAACAGUUUGACAGUGUGGUGCACCUGGUGGAACACUACGUGCAGCUGUCCAGGACUACCAGUAAAGGUGUGUUGUCAGGGGCAUCGCAGUCCCUGGCCCCACCCAAUGGGACGGUUCAGCUGCUACUGACUAAGCCUGUUUACACUGCCACGCCCUCUCUACAGCACCUGUCCCGGAUCGCCAUCAACAACGCCACCAGGCAGGUGCAGGAGCUGCCUUUACCCAACAGGCUAAAGAACUACCUGACGGACUACAGCUACAAUGUAUAGUAGGACUGCAAAUCCCAGAUGUGGUUUGGGAUAGAGAGCAGUGCACCUGCCAUAUAGUGGCAGUCAGACUAUCACCCAGUCCGAAGUCAAUCUUUAGCCCCAACCACUAGACAAGGCUUGACGGCCCCCGUACUUCUGGAAGGAUUGCUGUUGAGCAAAAUGCUUAUAGAGCCAAGUCAGUCAUCUAAUCCUCAGGAAGCUGGGUGGAAUUUUUCCUAACAUUACUACACAUUACUUCCUUUAGCGCUACAGUUGUUCAUCAAAAAGGGCUUAGGAGUUGGAGCUAAGGGUUGAUUUCAGACCUGGGUCAUGUUCAUAAUCUCUGAAACUGGUGCAAAUGUUUUCAAGCCGAGGUGGCCAUCCCUCCUGCCUGCAGACCAGCUCAGGUAAACAGGGUUUCGGACCCUUCUGAACGAGACCCAGGAGAGAUGGCAGUUGGCACUCACUUUUUUUUUUUUUGCUUCUCGGUUCAAGCUCUUUGUUGUUGCUUUACAUACUCUGCCUCAUGUCUGAGAAAUGAGCAUCUGACACGGUGUCCACUUUUUGUUCUGAUUUAUGUUUGAGGUUGUUCAUAUUCUAUAUUUUCUUUUUUUUUGUACUGUAAUCAUAAGAAGGGGCAGUGCUGGGGUGUCGAACUACAUGUAGUGCAACUAGUCAUUUAACUACAUUUUUCAGUAGCUUGGAGGUAGUUGAACUAAAUUCAAAUAUUGGUCUUGUUUUCAGUAGUUAAUUACUUUUUUGGUGUGUAGCAAACUACACUAUUUAAAAACAAUUUUUUGUAAAGUUUGCAACUUAUUUUUCAGCCUCAGACUUACUUAAUUGUCACUUGAAAAUGUUUUGGUGUUUUAAUAGGGCUAAAUUAUGAAUAUUUGACUCCAGGCUGAUCUGACUUGCAAUUUGUAGUCUGACAUUUCAAAUUCUUAUAUCUAAAUCUUUCAUGUAGUAGUCUGGAUGUAGUGAACACACAUUUUUUUUCAAAAUAACUUUAGUUAAGUAAGCUAUAAGUGCAGCUUAUUUUCUUCCAGUGCAAAGUAAUUGGUAACUUGGUAAACUAUUUUCAGUGUAGCUUCCCCAACACUGAGAAGGGAGAAUUAUUAGUUAUUUAUUUUCACUCUUCUGAUUUUUUUUUUUUUUAUAGAUUUUUUUGGGGGGGGUUGAUAAAGCACAAGCAAUAUACUGUCUUCAAAUCUGGCGUUGGUUUCUCUCACACUGUCUCGCUCUGCCUCCUGCUAAGAGGUUGAAAGUAAUAGAUUUUCGGAACUUCUUAAUCCUGGAUGUUCCUCCCACUACGCAUCACUUUUCUGCGAAACCUCAAUACUUCAUCACUGCAUUUUCCUUCAAUAGAAAAUGCCCUUGAGCAAGUUGCUGCUCACACCUCAGAACUAGACCUUGGUUAGACAGACAGUCUGUAUCUAGCUACUACUAAAAGAAGGAAUUACAUUUCCAAGAGCAUACUAGAUGUUCGGCCAGGGGUUUUCAUUGGAUCGAGGUGAAUCUUAUUUUAAUCAAUAUUUUUUGAAGUAUUUAUUGAUUGUUUAUUGAUUGUGCUACUUUCCUAGAAGAAUAAAAGUUACAAAAAUAAACCCUGAAAGCAUGUUUUAUCAUAGCCUCUAUUCUGCAAUUUGGGAGGCAAUAAUGAAUGUGAUGCAGGGGUGUCAUGGUGCUCAUGUGUAUUGUUUGACUCAUUCUCAAUUUUCAGUACAUAAGGUUCAAUGUGAACAAUUCUCGCAGAAUAUUCCAGAACUCACUCUUAAUACAUGAUCAUGACAUUUACUGUUUUCAUAUGGUGCUUAAAUACAAGUGUCUCGUGUUUUCUCUGUGAGGAAACCAGAAAAAUAAAACAAAAGAAUGGAAUCGAA